AUGCUGCGAAGUAUACCAUGGUCACGAUUAGGAUUCGCUAAGCCCUUGUCUGUGGCCAGCCCGGAGCUCACGCUUCGCGCAAUCAUUACCGGUCUACUCAUUGGAUGCUUGCUAUGCUUCACGAACCUAUACUUCGGACUCCAGACUGGCUGGAUCAGCAUGAUGUCCCUUCAGUCGGCGCUGAUCGGCUUUCUGGUCUCUCGAAUGUUCAAAACGCCUCUAUCACCACAAGAGAAUGUGCUCAUCCAGGCGACCGCCGCCGCUACAGGCACAAUGCCGCUCACGGCCGGGUUCGUCGGGAUCAUCCCGGCGCUAGGACUACUGGAUGAAGAGAGAGAUGGGUCGCCGCCGUUGCGCUUAUCGUGGUUGGCUGCUGUAGCAUGGUCGUUCGCGGUCGCGUAUUUCGGGGUGUUCAUGUCACCACCAGUCCGUAAACAAGUCAUCAUCGAAGAGCAACUCACGUUCCCUUCCGGAACGGCAACGGCUCAACUCAUCUCGGUGUUGCACAAGAUGCCCCCGCCCGAUACGUUGCAUAAACGUAAGGGGUACACGGCUUUGGAUAGUGAAGAUGCCGCGGACUCGGAGUUGGCACAAGAGCCACGCGAAAGUGCCGCAGUCGAGGCCGAAGAAGAGGAUGAAGAGGUGAAGGAGAUUGUCAGCAACGAAGGCUGGUCCGCAUUAGGUUGGAGCUUCCUUGCAUCUGCCGCGCUUACCCUCUUCGCGUACUUCUUCCCGAUCACAUUCGCCAUCCCAAUCUUCGGCACCUACCUCGCAAAGAAUUGGCUUUGGACAUUCACACCCUCUCUGUCCUACGUCGGCCAAGGCAUCAUCAUGGGUUUCCCAACAACUCUCAGUAUGAACCUCGGCAUGCUCGUAGGCUGGGGUGUACUCUCGCCCGUGUCAAAGGCAUACGGUUGGGCCCCCGGUCCUGUAAGCGACAUGUCCACCGGCGCGCGAGGGUGGAUUCUUUGGACGGCGCUGGCCAUCAUGUGCUCUGACGCACUGAUAUCGCUUGUGCCGGUCAUGAUGGAGAUCUUACGCAAGAUGAUCAAUGGAAAGGGUGCAGACGAAGACAGCAACGAGAAUGAGACGCCUGAGAGGCUGGUAUCCACCAAGUGGGUAUUGUGGGGGCUGGGUGUCAGCAUCGUGGUUGGGACAAUCAUCGUCUGGCUCGUCUUCGGACACGAAGGGAUCAAGCCGUGGGCUACGAUCAUUGGAUUCAUCAUGGGCACGCUUCUCAGCAUCCUUGGUGUACGCGCUCUUGGAGAGACCGAUCUCAACCCCGUCAGUGGCCUAGGCAAGAUCAGCCAGCUCUUGUUCGCCGUGAUCCAACCGGGCAAUGUCGUGGCGAAUAUCAUCGCAGGUGGCGUUGCAGAAGCCGGCGCGCAACAAGCUGGUGACCUCAUGCAGGACCUCAAGACUGGCCACCUGGUGCACGCGUCUCCGCGCGCACAGUUCUACGGUCAGCUAGUAGGCAGCACUCUAUCGAUCUUCGUCACGGUCACCGCAUACACCCUCUACUCGCGCGCAUACCCUAUACCAGGUCCGACGUUCCCUGCGCCGACUGCAUACGUAUGGCUGAGUCUUGCACGACUACUCCGCAACGGCGAGCUACCCGAGAAGAGCGGUCAAUUCAUGCUGGGCGCCGCCAUCCUUUUCGGCCUCCUCUCAGCGCUCAAAACCCGCCUGACACGCUCCCAGUCGCGCUACGCAUACCUCCUUCCCUCCGGCGUCGCAUUCGCCAUCGGCUUCCUCAACACUCCAUCAUUCUCUCUCGCACGUCUUAUUGGCGGUAUCGUCGAGCUCGUGUACCACCGACACUUUGCCAAGGGGAAGAAAGGGGAGGAUAUCAAGUUGAUUGUCAUUGCUAGCGGGUUCGUGUUGGGAGAGGGCGUUAUGAGCGUGUUAAAUCUUGUGUUGAGGACUGCUGGUGUGGGUGUGGGAAGUUGCUGGGGAUGUGGACAUGGGAUGUGUGGCGGAUGUUCUGCAUAG